GUGCAAGCGUGGAGUGUGCCACUAGACCCUGUGGAACUACAACAACAACAAAAACUUCUCUGUUUGGAAAUCUGACUGAGUUAAGUAAGGGGGGAAGCAUUUGUUAAGGGGGUCCAUCAUGGCAGCCGCCCAUGUGUCUAUGCCAGGUACCACAGGAACCUACCUGGAAUUUGCUGACUACAGUCUCUAUAGCAACCUGUCUGAUAAUGAGCUGAUGCAGCUGGCAAUCGAGCGGAGCCUUUCUGAUGCCCAGAGCUCUGGGCCGGGGUCAGAAAACUCUAAUAACCCUGCUGCUCUGAGCAUGCCAACAACAUCAAGCCGAGCUCUACCAUCACAUCGUCCUCCCCAGCAGCAACUACAAUCAAAUGUGUGUCCUGCCAAUCCACCCAGAGAAAAAAUAAACCCAGAGGGUGUUUGUUCGGUGAGUCACUUUGUGACUGGUUCUGGCAAGCGAAUGGUGGCGUAUCGAAAAUAUGAUGGAACUAUGGAAGUCGCACCUGAGCCUGAAGAGGACAUUGAGCCUAUUGUUAAGGCCAUUUUGGACAAUGAUGUAGAAACAGUGAGGCUAUUGGUUAAGCAACCCAGUUGCAAUCUUCUUGCACCAAACAAAGAUGGAUGGAUUCCUUUACACGAGGCAGCAUAUUAUGGAAAAGAUCAAUGCAUUCAAAUUCUCCUGAGAGCUCAACCUGGCAUGGUUAACCAGCGCACUUUGAAUUGGAAGACUGCUUUAUUGUUAGCUGUGACCAGGGAACACCUUGCUUGUGUGGAGAUUCUUCUGGAGAAUGGUGCUGAUCCUGAUAUUGCCAGUGUGGAGAGAGAGACUCCCCUUUACAAAGCUUGUGAGAAGGAGAACCCAGCAAUGGUUGCCAUGUUACUGAAUUAUGGCGCCUCUGUGAAUAAGAACUGUAUUCAAGGCUGGACCGCUCUUCAUGAGAGUGUUUGCAGAAACAAUGUGGAAAUCUGUGAGAUACUAGUGAAAGCCGGAGCCAAAGUCAACAUGCCCAACAUGUACGGAAUUACUCCUAUCUUUGUCGCUGCCCAAAGUGGAAAAGUGGAUGCACUUCGCAUGCUUUUAAGAAAUGGUGCAGAUCUCAACAGCCAGGCUGCAGAUGGAGCCACAGCGCUGUAUGAGGCCUGUAAGAAUGGUCAUGAGGAAAUUGUAGAGUUCCUUCUAUCUCAAAAUGCAGACACCAACAAGCCGGGCAAAACUGGACUGAUGCCAAUCCAUAUUGCUGCCCAGCGUGGCAAUGAUGGCAAAGUCCUUGGGUGUACCUACAAAAAUGCCACGGAAACUAAUAUUGUAGCCAUGCUGAUCCCAGCCACAAGUAAGGCCAGAGUGAGACGUGCAGGUAUCAGCCCUAUCCAUUUAGCAGUGGAGCGCAACAGAAAUGAUAUUCUCGAGGUACUGAUCGAGGCCGGCUUUGACGUCAAUGCCACAUUGUCUGACGAUCAUUCUAUGAUGUAUGAAGAUCGGCGCAGCUCAGCUCUCUACUUCGCCGUCAUGAACAACAACAUUGAAGCUAGCACCAUGCUCCUGGAGGCUGGUGCUAACCCAAACCUGGACACGUUCAACCCGCUCCUGGUGGCCCUGAGGCAGGGUUGCAUACAGACAGUGACUUUGCUGGUGCAACAUGGUGCCAAUGUCAAUGCCUACAUCCCAACUCACCCAACGACCUUUCCAGCAGCUGUUAUGUUCUGUAUGAAGUAUCUGACCUUACUGAAGUUUCUGAUGGAUAAUGGCUGUGAUGCCUUGUCAUGUUUCAGUUGUGUUUAUGGCAGCAAUCCUCAUCCUCCUAUAAAGACCAGGCGCAAUGUAAGAUAUGAUGUAGAUGAAACUACAGAAAAGGCCUGCAUUCAGUUCUGUGAGGUGAUCUCCACCGAAACCUACUCCCACUGGGCAGGACCGAUUAUAGAUGUGCUGCUUGACUAUGUUGGGCAUGUGAAACUCUGUGCACGGCUCACUGAACAUCUGGACAGUUAUGACGAGUGGCAAUGCAUCAAAGAGAAAUCAAUGCCUCCACGCCCACUCAUGCAGCUCUGCAGACUGAAAAUCCGCAAACUGCUUGGGAUCAAUAGACUGAAGGAAAUUUGCAAGCUUCCAGUUCCUCCAAGGUUGAUCCAAUUCCUAAAUCAUCAAGAACGAGAGCAAGAAUUUUAAGCCUGCUUUUGAGUGUUAACUUUUAGUCAGUACAGAGAGAACAAUGACAUUAGAAAAUCAUAAACUUCUGUUUACUUGCACUGAGCUAAAUUUAUAGAAUAAAUGGCAUUUAGAAUUCAUUUAGAGUCAAUUUUUGCACAAAUAUAACAAACAAAUGUGCUACUUAAUAGCGUAAAAAGGCCAUAAAUGUUUUUAUUAGACAAACAGAAUUUGAUGGAACAUUUAUUAAAUAAAUUUAGUAGUCACAUAGUACUUUAAUUUGUCUAUAUAUGUAUGCUUAGAAAAAAAAACUAUUACUGUUUUUACCAUGUUUUUGGUGCCAGAAAUGACAGAGGAAAAUGAUCCUGUUGUAAAACAAAAAAAUCAACGUCCAGGCACUAGAAUGACUGGAUACACAUGUGACAUACAUUUCAGGAUUUGACCACUAGAUGUCUCUUGAAAGUAAAAACUGUAAAAACUUGAACAUUUAUAGUCAAAGGCAGUGUUUGAAAUUAACUUUUUUUUUAAAUCCCAUCAUCAGGCUAUCUCCUCCUUUACUCUUUCAUCCCCAUCCUUUUUACCAAAACAUGUGUUAAGUGGAUAGACCAAUGCAGUAAGAACAUCAAACAAAUUUGGAUUUUGGAAAAUUACAAUGUCUUUUCUGUUAACCAAAUGCUUUUUAAUCAUGCACAUGAACAAGCGCGCCGUUAUUUGUUGCGUACUGAUGUACAUGUUAGUAAGUAAGCCAGAUAAAGAUUCUGCGUAAUAAGCCUACGCUGUUACCAUGAUGACUCACGAGUUCGGUGUUUGUACUAAAUCUGCGCAGAUUUGGCUUACACAAACUUCCCCAGCAAAGUAAGUAAAAAGUAAGUAAAAACUGGCAGGUGAUUUGGCAGCGUUACUCGCCAUAGUUGAUUUUUACCCGCAAUUGGCGGGUUGUCUUUGUUAUGAACUUGACAUAAGCCAAUACAUCAUAACUUGGAAUGUCUUUGUCAUGACAACUUGACAUUACUGAGACAACACAACAUGUCAUAAAUAGGCUAUGUCAUAGCAGAUUAAUUAUCAAUUAGCACUUAGCUUUAUGGUUGACAUUACAUUAAACUCUCCUGUGGUUUUGACAUAGGCUGACAUGAGGCCAUUUAUGACAUGUGUUGUCUUAGUAAUGUCAAGUUGUCAUGACAAAGACACAGGUUAUGAAAUGAAAUGUCAUAAAAAUGACAGUU